GCCGAGAGGAGCACGUUUUUUUCGAUAUUUUAUCUGUGUCAUUUGGCUCUUUUACUGCGUAUAAUGCUAAUWUUUUAUGGUGAAUGGCAACCCCCCCACAUGUUGGUCAAGUACACGGACAUUGAUUAUCAUGUAUUUACAGAUGCAGCGACAUAUGUUCACAAUGGCGGCUCUCCCUACGAGCGUGAAACAUACCGGUACACUCCGCUGUUGGCUGUGAUUCUAACACCAAAUAUCUAUCUUCACGCCGCGUUUGGGAAAGUUUUGUUCAUUUUAUUUGAUGUGCUCACAGGGUAUUUGCUAUACAGAAUACAAAUUGAGAGAGGUUUCGAGCAAACGACAGCUGUUUACAGCGCAUGUUUAUGGCUGUUUAAUCCAGUCGCUGCUGUUGUUUCAUCACGAGGAAACGCAGAGUCUAUUAUGGCAUUUCUUGUGCUUGCUACCUUGUACGCUGCUUUAAAAAACAAGCCGUUAUUGGCAGCUUUAUUGCUCGCUUUAGCUGUACAUUUUAAAAUCUUUCCUAUCAUGUAUAGUUUGCCUUUGUUUCUGUUUAUUGACAAGACACGUGAUACAAAAUUUAUUCGUGGCAAUGCUAAGGAAUGCGUAAUGAGAUUGACUGAAUAUAUACUUAGUCCUUCAAGAAUUAAACUAGUAUUUGGAUUCAUUAUAACUAUUGCACCCCCCCCAUUGGUGUUAUAUCGCAGCUAUGGCUUUGAGUUCUUAGAGCACACUUAUCUCUAUCAUGUGACUAGAACUGAUCCUAAGCACAACUUCUCUGCAUAUUUUUACAUGUUAUAUUUAACACAAGAUUCAGCCUGGUCUAAACUCAUUGGUCUGCUAUCCUUUAUACCUCAACUUACGUUGACAGUUGGUUUUGCCUUUAGACAUUACAAAGACGUUUGCUUUUGCUGCUUCAUUCAGACGUUUGCAUUUGUCACAUUUAACAAAGUAUGUACGUCUCAGUAUUUCUUAUGGUACCCCCCCCUUCUUCCACUUGUUGUYCCACAAAUAGCAAUUUCCUUAAUGAAAGCUAUUCUGAUGAUAGUUGCUUGGUUUGCUUCCCAGGCAGUGUGGCUUUACUUUGCGUAUUACCUGGAGUUUGAAGGCCUCAAUACCUUUCUAAACAUAUGGAUUUCAAGUCUGGUGUUCCUAUUUGUUAACUUGUGGAUUUUGGUUGAAGUUCUGAAGAAUUAUAUUGGCAUGAAAUCUUUGAAAAUCAAAGCUUCGUAAAGCAAACAUAAAACGCUGGGAAAGGAAUAGUGAUGCGCUUAAUGCACGAGAAAACGAUCGAAUUCAUAUCACAGUGUAAAAACGGCAGUCUUAUGUUUUUCAAAUUAAAUUCUGUAUUGCGGAAAUUACUGAAGGUGAUUGCUAUAACCCAUCCAAACGAAAGUUUUCGACCAUCAUUUUCGUCAAUUCUUUACAAUGCGUCAUAAAACAUACAGAUUAAUCUAAAAUUUUAUCAACUCUCUAUAGAACGUUAGCCGUAAAAAAUUGUUCAUACU